AUGUCAGAAAUUAUACGGCAACUCAUUAUUCUGGCGGCACCUGAUGUCCAGAGUUGCACAAAUGCUUUCAUCCUGGUUGUACCGUUAAAAACAUUUCUUUCUUUCUUUCUUUCUUUCUUUCUUUCUUUCUUUCUUUCUUUCUUUUGUCCUCAGGAGACGUUAAAUACUUCUUUCUUCCUCUCUUUCUUUUUAUCUCUUUCUUCCUCUCUUUCUUUUUAUCUCUUUCUUCCUCUCUUUCUUUCUUCCUCUCUUUCUUUCUUCCUCUCUUUCUUUCUUCCUCUCUUUCUUUCUUCCUCUCUUUCUUUCUUCCUCUCUUUCUUUCUUCCUCUCUUUCUUAUGUCUUCUUAUUCUAGGCAAUCAAAACGGAAUAGUCCAAUAUUUAUUAAGCAUUGGCAGCAGACGUUAAGUACUUCUUUCUUUCUUUCUUUCUUUCUUUCUUUCUUUCUUUCUUUCUUUCUGUCUUUCUUAUUCUAG